CGAUCAAUAUUUUGAAAUUGAAUGUGUGCGACUGCGCGAGCAGAGUGAAGUUAUAAGAUAGAAGAAAUAACACAACGUUAACAGUCAAACAGCAAGAUAAGUCCUGAGGAAAGUUUGGAAUCAUAAACCGUAUUGUUACCGGUAUCUUCAUAACAAUGGCAACUAUCGGAAGCGAUCUCGUUAAUUAUGCUAGACAACUUGCAGCAAAAGGCAAUUAUAGCCAAGCUCUUGAUUUAUAUUAUAAGGCCUUUGAAAAAAAUUCGCAAUUAAAACAAUUUUUGGAAGUUGAAUUUUGUACUGUUAUAACCAAAUAUAAUGAAUUGCUGGCAGACGCUAACCGAAUUGAAGGUAUACUCGCCAGUUUUAGUAGAGCUAUGCUUUAUUUUCCGGAUAACAUAUUUUUGAUAAAUGACAUUGGAAGAUACCUCUUCAGGUUUGGUUUGUAUGAAGAAGCUUUGAUCCAGUUUCAAAAGGCGCUAACUGUGGACUCUGGAGACGUGAACGCUGAAAAAAAUAUAAAUACAGUAAAAAAUAUUUUGAUUGAAAGGUGGCAUUUUCGCAUGUUGAAUGAUAAAAUCCGCAAUGCAAGCUAUCGCGCUGCUAUUAAUAAAAUGGUAGUGCCUAAUAAGACGAGAGUUUUCGAUCUAGGUACGGGAACUGGGUUGCUGGCAAUGUAUGCAACAGAAGGCAAGCCAUGGGCAAUAACAGCUUGUGAUAGUUCUAAAGUGAUGACCUCUCUAGCUAUGAAUAUACUGGAAGAAAACAAAUUACGCAUGGCAGUAAUGGUUCUCAAUAAAAUGUCUACAUUAAUGGAUUCUUCAGACUUUGGAUAUCAUAAAUGCUCUCUUUUGAUCACAGAAUUGUUUGAUGCAGGACUAUUUGGAGAGCAUAUUUUGCAGUCUUUGUCUCAUGCAUGGGAAAAUUUAUUAUUGGGUGAUGCAAAUAUUGUGCCCCAAAAAGCUGAAUUUUUCAUUAUGGGUGUGGAUUCAGAAUUUCUCAAAUCCAAGUAUCAAUUGUGCCAAAUAACUAAAUCUAUUUUGAACAUAUGUCAUCUCCAUGUUCACAUUAUAGCUGAUGAUGAAACUUAUGAUUGUGAUGAUGUCCAAUUAUACAAAGACAUCAAAUAUAUGACUGAACCACAAUCAGUUAUAAAAGUUGAUUUUACUGAUAAAAAUGACAUUAAUGAGAAACUCUACAGCACUAAACCAUAUGUGGUAGAAAACAAAGUGUUGAAAAAUGGACAAAUUAAUUCCUAUAUUGGUUGGUUCAAUUUGUAUUUAACAGAGAACAUAAUUAUUACAACAGAUCCAAGAGACAAAAACAGAGCCAAAGCAUGGCAACAGGCUGUUUUCUUUGAUAGUGUACCCAGAAAAGUCCAAUUAAAUGAUACAUUCACUAUCGACUUCUUCCUUAAAUCUGAAAAGUUGACUAUGAAGGAAAGAGAUCAUACAUUUGAAAUCAUGCGAGUCUCCCCAGAGACAAUACGGUUCUUAAAUGACACUGUAUAUUUGAAGAUGAUAAAAAGUUGUGUAGCAAUGACCUGCAUAUCCUUGGGACAAAUGACAGAAUUAUCUGAAGUUAACAUAAUAGAUUUAAACCCAUUUCCUUUGUAUGGAUUUUAUAUGCUUCAAAGAGGCAUUAAAUCCUUAGUGUGCUAUGCUAAAACUCAUCACGAUAAAUUGUUCAUUGAAACAGUUUUUGGAGCAAACCAUAUGGAUAUGCGCAAAGUUAGCAUUUUAGUUGGAGAAACAUGGUCACAACGGACCUUUGGCAAUAAGAAAUUUCAUGUAAUAUUUGUUAAUUCACUUGACUUGUGUGGAGAUAUUGAUUACCAAUUUAAAGAGAUAGGUCAAUAUUUGAAGAAGACUCAUCUAAUUGAGGGUGGCUUGUUCAUGCCAUCGACUGUAACAUUAAUGGGACAGAUUGUCAGUAGUGACUGGUUGGAUGUCAUAAACAGAGUUUAUGAUCAAAAUUUGGGGUAUAAAGCAUCUGAACACAUCAACAAGUUUCAAGUUUCACAAAAUUUUAAUCUCGAUUAUACACAUUUGGAAUAUACCCCACUGACGGAUCCUAUAGAAAUUGGUGAUUGUAAUCAACUUACACCUGAUGUUCUUAAUCUACCGGUUAUUAAUGAUGGUGAUGCCAAUGCUAUACUGUGUUGGUAUAAAAUUGAACUAAUGGAAGGGUUAAUUGAGAUUUCAACCCAAAGACCAUAUAGUUUUAUAGACGGCACUGCAUAUUUAGCUAACCCAAUAAUACCAAUGACUCGAGGCGAUAUUGCAAAUAUACUUUGUUGUGUAGACAGAGAUGGUUUAUUUAAAUUAAUUAUUGACGUUGAAAAUACUUAAACAUAUUUAGCUGAAGAGUAAAAUGGGAUUCUUAAGGCUAGAAUUGUUCUCUGAAACAUAUUCGAAGGAAAAA